GGAUCCAAUAAGAUCACGCCGCGUUCCGGGCCCAAUGUGUUAGAACAAGCCGGUGAUUGCAAGAGCAAAAGCGAGGUGGUGUGCUCACAGAACAUUACUGCUUUAUGCGUUCUUGUUUCCAGCUGAAAGACAUUUGACAUCCAGCCUCAAUAAGUGAAAGUUUUAGUUUAUAAUUAGAACGGAAUAGGCAUUUCAUUAAUAUUUCUGAUCAGGUGUCAGGGUCUGUUUAUUAGUUGACUGGAACCAGCAUAAAACUUGAUCUGGCAGAAGGUCACAAUGAGGGAAAAGCUGUCAUUAUUGGCUGUUUGUUGCUUAAUAGCAGCAUUCCUGCCUUCUCAAACAGAAUCCGUAGCCGUUAUGUCUGUGGACUUGGGUAGUGAAUGGAUAAAACUGGCUAUAGUUAAACCUGGUGUCCCAAUGGAGAUUGUACUAAACAAGGAAUCCAGGAGGAAAACCCCAGUAGCUGUGUGCUUAAAGGAAAACGAGAGGCUUUUUGGAGAUAGUGCUUUAGGAGUGGCUGUAAAGAACCCCAAAGUGGUUUACAGAUUUCUCCAGAGCCUUUUGGGAAAGACUGCAGACAACCCGCUGGUGGCACAGUAUCAGAAACAUUUCCCUGAACACCAGCUCCAUAGAGAUGAGAAAAGAGGAACCGUGUAUUUCAAAUUCUCUGAAGACAUGCAGUACACUCCAGAGGAACUUCUGGGGAUGAUGUUGAAUUAUUCCCGUGGUUUGGCUCAAGACUUUGCAGAGCAGACAAUAAAGGAUGCAGUCAUCACAGUUCCAGCGUAUUUUAAUCAGGCAGAACGCAGGGCGGUCUUGCAGGCUGCCCAUAUGGCAGGUUUGAAGGUCCUUCAGCUUAUCAACGAUAACGCUGCAGUGGCUUUGAACUAUGGAGUCUUUAGGAGGAAGGAAAUCAACUCUACUGCACAGAACAUCAUGUUUUAUGAUAUGGGAUCAGGCAGCACAACAGCUACUAUCGUCACCUAUCAAACCGUAAAGACCAAAGAGGCUGGGACUCAACCACAGCUUCAGAUCCGUGGAGUUGGGUUUGAUCGAACGCUGGGAGGCUUUGAGAUAGAGCUGAGACUGAGAGAUCACCUCGCCAAACUCUUUAACGAACAAAAGAAGACAAAGAAGGACGUGAGGGAAAACAUGCGCGCAAUGGCCAAACUGCUGAAAGAGGCUCAGAGACUCAAGACUGUGCUGAGUGCCAAUGCAGAGCAUGUUUCCCAGAUUGAAGGUCUGAUGGAUGACAUAGACUUCAGGGCAAAAGUGACUCGUUCUGAUUUUGAGGCGCUCUGUGAAGAUCUGUAUGCUAGAGUACCAGGACCUGUGAAGGAAGCAUUAGCUGCUUCUGAAAUGACCAUGGAUGAAAUUGAACAGGUGAUUUUGGUUGGAGGGUCCACCAGGGUUCCCAAAGUGCAAGAAGUUCUCCUAAAAGCUGUGGGAAAGCAAGAAUUGAGCAAGAACAUCAAUGCAGAUGAAGCUGCAGCGAUGGGUGCCGUCUAUCAGGCUGCUGCGCUCAGCAAAGCCUUUAAAGUCAAACCUUUCCUGGUCAGAGACGCAGCAGUGUUUCCUAUUCAGGUUGAGUUCAGCCGUGAGACUGAGGAAGAAGAUGGUGUAAAGAGCGUAAAGCAAACCAAGCGUGUUUUGUUUCAAAGAAUGGCCCCAUAUCCCCAGAGGAAAGUCAUCACGUUUAAUCGCUACACGGAUGACUUUGUCUUCUACGUCAACUACGGAGAUCUCAGCUUCUUGAGCGAAGAUGACAUGAAAGUGUUUGGCUCUCAGAAUUUAACAACGGUAAAACUGUCUGGAGUGGGCAGCAGUUUUAAGAAGCAUUCUGAUGCUGAAUCAAAAGGCAUAAAGGCCCAUUUUAACAUGGAUGAGAGUGGGGUGUUAAUUCUGGACCGGGUGGAGUCUGUGUUUGAGACUAUUGUUGAAGAAAAAGAAGAGGAGUCUACCCUCACUAAGCUCGGAAACACCAUUUCCAGCCUGUUUGGGGGUGGCAGCUCAGAGCCGAGUGACAAUGUAACAGAACCGGUUACGGAUGAGGAGGAAGUGAAUGGAAAGGAUCAGGAACAGGCAGAGAAACAGGAAGAGGCUGAACAGAAGAAAUCUGAGGCAGAAGAUGUUAAAGGUGGAGAGCCUCAGGCAGAAGAACAGAAAGAUGAUAAAGAAGAAACCACUGAGACUCAGGGAGAGAAGGAAGCUGAUAAAACAGAAAAACCUGCAGACCAACCAGAUGGUGAAAAGACAGAGGAGGCAGACAUCAAAGCCAAACCACUUAAAAAAAGCAAAGUAUCAGAAGACAUCACAGUGGAGCUUGAGAUGAAUGAUGUUCUUGAUCCAAGCACAGAAGAUUUGGAAGUGUCCAAAAAGAAGCUGCAAGACCUUACUGACCGUGAUCUGGAAAAACAUGAGAGAGAAAAGACCCUGAACAGCCUGGAGGCUUUUAUCUUUGAAACGCAGGAUAAGCUGUAUCAAGAUGAAUACCAGGCUGUAGUGACAGAGGAAGAGAGAGAGCAGAUCUCAGGCAAGCUGAGCGAGGCAUCUAACUGGAUGGAUGAGGACGGAUACUCGGCCAGCACUAAAGAGCUGAAAGAAAAGCUGUCGGAGUUGAAAAAGCUUUGCAGAGCCAUGUUCUUCAGAGUGGAUGAGAGAAAGAAAUGGCCAGACAGACUGGCAGCUCUGGAGAGCAUGCUCAACACCUCUGCCUACUUCCUUAAGAGUGCUAAAUUGAUCCCUGAAGAUGACCAGAUUUUCACAGAUGUGGAGCUGAAGACACUAGAGAGAGUCAUCAAUGAGACAACGACAUGGAAAAAUGAGACCGUUGGUGCGCAGGAAAAAUUGUCCCCAACGGAGAAACCCGUACUGCUGUCUAAAGACAUCGAAGCUAAACUCUCCCUUCUAGACAGAGAGGUCAACUACCUGCUGACCAAAGCGAAGUUCGCUAAACCAAAGGAUAAAAUAAAGGCUAAAGACAAGAACUCCACAUCCACAAAUAACAGCAAAGCUAACAGCACAGAGGACGGGGAGAAAGUCAUCCCUCCAAAGAGCGAUGGAGAUGAAGAAGUAAAGCCAGCUGAGGAACCUCCAACAGCUGAAGAAAAAGAUAAUGAACCUAUACUUGAACUAGAUCCAGCAGAAACUAUUGAAGAUGAAGAUCCAACAGAGAGCAGUAAAUUAGAAAACCAUAUAGAGGAUGAAUUAUAACAACUGGAACUGUUAAAGGUUUUUUUGUUGUAUUUAUUGACUCCGUCAUGUGGUUCAAAAUUCAUGUUUUUUGCCCCUAAACAAAGCAUGGUGAAAUUGGCUUUCAAAAGACUGAAUAUCUUAAAUAAUACCUCUUUGCAUUUCUCCCUUUAUGUUUCCGUGACCCCCAGUUAAAAAAAUCGCAGCCACAACUGUCCUGUGUGUUUAUUUUCGUUUUGUCUUUAAAUCAGUGAUCACCUUCGUCUCAAAAAUGUCCCACCUGUUUGUACCUAUUUGAACGAGGAAAUCAAAAAUGACAUGGCUUGACCAAAGUAGACAUGUUUUCCUUUUUACGUGUGAAUGAAACUUUCAGUCCUUUAUGCAGAGUUCAGGUGGAAAUGAGUGUUUAUGUUGUCCUCUUUGUAUCAUCAACUCACCUGUAUUGUUUUAUCGGAAAUAUAUAUUGGAAAAUGUGAUUCAAAUUCUGUUUAUACCUGCCCAUUCACCUUUUAUCCAUUUCUAAAUACACUGUAUUCAACCUGUGAGGAUCCUUCCAACAUCUGCUCUAAACAUCUGUAUUAGACUUCAGUGUCGCUGCUCUGCUGCAUUGACAUCUAGACAAUUUUAUUUUACACUUUUAUUUAAAACCUUGCCUGUAAAAGAAAAUGAGACACAAGGAUGUACGUUCUGUCAUCACCGCUACUGGUUCUGUUAUUUACAUAUUUUCAUUAUUGUUAUUCAGGUCUGUGUGGAGCAAUGUGUGUAAUGUGUGGAAAAGGGAGAAGAUUGUUUCUAAACUGUUAAUAAAGUCUUUUUUUUUUAA